GUGGCCUUGGCAUCAGUCGAUUUUCAGUAUCAAUUCUUGACUCCCCAUAAUCACCGCCAAUGGUACGCAAUAUGUCAUUUGAACCUCCUUUCACCGGUAUAAAACCACCGCCUGCCAUCAUCUCAAAGGAACAGUUCGAGCCCUAGGCCCAUCGCUCCCGGCAAGUAAUCGCCAUCACCAAACAGACACAGGCAUCGGCCGGAACCACGUCCCGCCAUCUCGCCACUAUGCGCUCCUCCGUCACCGUCGCCGCCUUGGUCGGCCUCGCGGCCGCAUCACCCACGGGCAUCCUCAAGCGCGAGCCGGCACAGUGCCCCAACGUCGCCACCAUCGGCGGCACGGACGCGGAGAACAGCCUGUGCUGCGUCUACGGACAAAGCAUCAUCCACUGCUGCCGCAACAAGCCCUUUACCGACGACCCGUACUGGAGCCACGCCCUCCCGUGCGAGUCAAAGUGGUGGAGCAGCACCUCUAUGUUUAGCGCCUUUUACAUCUGCCAGAUCGAACCGUGCCGCGCUGGAUGCGCCGAGGUGCCCUAUGUGUUUACCGACCCGGUCAGCUGCACCAAGUAGCGGACAACCAAGCAAAGAAUGGAUGGGAGGGCGCC